CACCACCAACCCCGACGACGGUUGCUGUUUGGACCCCAGCAUUCAUUGUUGACAGUCGCAUUCAUCCUCACAUUCACAGCCCAGUUGAUUGUCAUGGCCCAGAAUCCGGCUGCUGGAGCCCCGCCGGGCCAGUUCUCCGCUGGGGAGUUGAACAGGAUUGUCCUCGAAUAUCUCAAUAAGAAGGGGUACACUCGUACGGAGGCCAUGUUGCGCGUGGAGGCGGAGGGAGGCAGAGCAUCAGAAGGUCAAGACGCGUAUGAGCGCGCAUAUAAAGCUCUGAGAGACUUUGCAGAUGAAAGUCUCGACCUGUACAAGCCCGAAUUGCGACGAAUUCUCUAUCCCGUCUUCGUUCACUCCUACCUCAAUCUCAUCCAAAAGGGCUACGUCGAAGCCGCGAAAGCAUUCUUCGACAAGUUCUCGAAUGAGCAUACAAUCCAGCAUCAAUCAGAUCUCACCCGGCUUCGUGCCGUAGUACUGCCAACACAUCUCGAUACAGACCCUCUAGCAAAGCUCUACAGAUCAAACAAAUACCGAUUGCGGAUGAGCGAAACAACCUAUCACCUCCUAACAAACUACCUCACCGAAAACGAAGCAAGCAACGGAAAUGUCAGCAUGGGCCUCAUCAACGCACACGUCGCGAUCGACCGCGUCGCAGGACGUCCAGGUACAGGCAGCGAAGAAGGCGAAGAAGGAAUCAUCGGGCUCGGUGGGGGGGCAAUAGACGACUUCAACGCACAAGCUGUCAAGCUCGGUCCAUUCCCCAUGGACCCAGAACUCGUCAAAGAUGUCGAAUCAGAACUACGGAUGACCGAAGCGGACCUCCUACCAGAAUUCAUGCGCGUCAAGCAGGAAGGAAGCGAGGACUCGCCCAUGCGCGACAACAUCCCUCUACCACCCCACAAAGGCGCCGAUGUUCGCGCCGAAGUCGAGAAUCUCCGCGAGAUUCGGAAACGAGUCCGUCUCGGCCCACAAGCAGCAAAACCGAGUGUAUGCAUCUAUACCUUCCACAACACCUACGACGGCCUAAAUUGCGUUGACUUCUCCGAGGAUGCGUCAUUGGUAGCUGGUGGGUUUGGCGAGAGUUACGUACGGGUAUGGAGUUUGAAGGGUGAGAAGCUCGUCGGGGCACAAGCCAAGUACGGCGGGCAGCACCCCGAAGACGGCCUCUCAACACGCCGAAUGAUCGGGCACUCCGGUCCCGUCUACGGCGUCUCGUUCUCCCCGGAUUCAAAAUACCUCCUCUCCUGCUCCGAAGACAAGAGCGUAAGACUAUGGAGCAUGGACACAUACUCCUCCAUCGUCGCAUACAAAGGCCACACACACCCGGUAUGGGACGUCAAGUUUAGUCCCUUUGGGCAUUAUUUCGCCACCGCGAGUGGAGACCAGACCGCGAAAUUGUGGAGUACGGAGCAUAUCUACCCACUCAGGAUUUUCGCGGGUCACCUCAGCGACGUGGAUACCGUCUCGUUCCACCCCAACUCCGCGUACGUCGUCACCGGAUCCUCCGACAAGACCUGCCGACUGUGGGACGUCCAGCGCGGGUCCGCGGUUCGGGUAUUCACAGGCCAUACAGGUGGCGUACUCGCAACCAAAAUCAGUCCCGAUGGAAAAUGGCUGGCGAGUGCGGGCGAGGACGGCACGAUCAAAAUCUGGGAUAUCGGGAGUGGGAAGAAGUUGAAGGAUAUGCGGGGUCAUCAGCGGGGGUACAUCUACAGUUUGGAUUGGAGUCGGGAUGGGGCUGUGAUUGUGAGUGGGGGGAGUGAUAAUACUGUGAGGGUGUGGGACGCCAAGAAGAAUACACCGGUGGAGAAGGAGGAGGGUGUUGUUAAUGGUACGCCAAUAAGCGGACCCGAUAUGACCAGGAACAUGAAUGGAACGGGAGGAACAGCGGGAGGAGCGGGUGGGAAGGAUGGAAAGAUGUUGGAGACGAGUGACCAUAUGGCGGCUUUUGGGACGAAGAGGACGCCGGUGUAUAAGGUGCAUUUCACGAAACGGAAUUUGGUGUUAGCUGCGGGAGCGAUUACGAAUUAGUAAAGGAAGAGAGAGAACGGGGUAUCUUGGUAUGCUAUCCUCACACACAAAAGUGCACUGCCUACUUGUUAUCCUUGGGAAUUUCACGCUUCUCCAGAAUCUUGUCAACGAGUCCGUGCUCUACAGCAUCCUCCGCAGACAUCCAGAAAUCCCUUUCCAGCCAGGAAUUGAUUUCCUCCAAAGACUUAUCCUUCGUCAAGUGCUUCUUAUAGAUCCCGUUUAAUUGAUCCCUCGUUCUCAAAAUCUCCUUUGCAUAAAUCGCAAUAUCCGAACUCUUACCAGCGGUCCCACCAGAUGGCUGAUGCACCAUUACCGACGCAUUCGGCAACACAAACCUCUGCCCCGGGGCUCCCGCCGUCAA